CUGGUUUCAAUUGAAAAAUGCUGCUGAUAUCACUUACGCUGAUGGCUUUUGGCCUGGCCCAAACGCUGCCCAUCGAGGAGGCCGAAACGCCGACCAACGGCGAAGUGCCCGAUGCAGGGCAAGUGGUUUUCGAUCAGCGACAGACGGGCAAAUUCAACAUCCAUGUUAGCAUCAAGGAUGUGGCCAUCAUCGAGGUGGGCAAGAAUGGACUGGCCGAGGAGACGUAUAACGAUGAAGAGGAUUACUACUACGAUGACAGUGCGUUGACCGUCAAACCGAUCAGGCUAACCACAGGCUCCAGUAGUAGCACCACCACAACGAGCACCACAUUGGCCACACUGCCAGAGAGUACCGUAUCAACAGUGGCCACCACCACCGAAGCCACCCAGUCGAAUGUCAACUUGAGCUCAAAUCCACUGGCUGACAUUACAGCCAGUAGUACAUCGAAGCCCAAGAGCAGGCUGAACAAUCUGAUGAUUGUGGAGACGCCAAUCGGUGGACUAUCAAAGCCGCUGCACCACCAACUUCAUGCUCGAUCCAAGAAUAUGCCCAUUAUGGCCGCCGGGGCAGCCACUGCCUCCAUUACGCCACCCACUUUGCGCGGGAGCAUUGAGUACACGCCGACCAAAGGUCACAACUCGCCCAUUUACAAGGUCAAAGUUCAACGAUCUUCGAUGCCGGCAACCAAGAAACCAGCGCGCUGCCGAAAUCAUGUGAUGGGCAAGUGCAUCGACUCAAUCUCCGCCAAGCUGUUCGACCUUGUUGUGGGUAUGAAUUUUCCAUUUUUGGCAGCCGCAAAUGCCGCCGAAAGAGCUGAGAAAGUGAUGACUUAA